AUGAGAAACCCAACACUGCUGAAUGAGAUCUACACAGAGCUCUACAUCACAGAGAGUGAGAGAGGAGAGAUCAAUAAUGAGCAUGAGGUGAGACAGAUUGAGACACAAUCCAGGAGAGAAGCAACAGAGGACACAGCCAUCAAAUGCAGUGACAUCUUCAGACCUUUACCUGGACAAGACAAAGACAUCAGAACUGUGCUGACAAAGGAGUCGCUGGCAUUGGAAAAACAUCGUCCAUCGGUGACAGAGGUGCGAGGCUUCAAUGAGCCCCAGAAGGAGGAAUACUUCAGGAAGAGGAUCAGUGAUCAGAGUAUGGCCGACAGGAUCAUCUCACACCUGAAGUCGUCCAGGAGCCUCUUCAUCAUGUGUCACAUCCCAGUCUUCUGCUGGAUCUCAGCCACUGUUCUUGAGAAGAUCUUGAGUCGAGCAGAGACUGGAGAGAUUCCUAAGACUCUCACUCAAAUGUACACACACUUCCUGAUCCUUCAGACCAACAUCAAACAUGAGAAAGACUAUGAGAAGAGCGUGACAGAUGAAGACAUGAUCCUCAAACUGGGGAAACUGGCUUUCCAGCAGCUUGUGAAAAGAAACCUGAUCUUCUAUGAUGAAGACCUGAAAGAGUGUGGCAUUGAUGAAACAGAAGCAUCAGUUUAUUCAGGACUGUGCACUCAGAUCUUCAGAGAGGAGCUGGGCUUGUUUCAGGGGAAAGUCUUCUGCUUUGUUCAUCUGAGCCUUCAGGAACAUCUAGCAGCUCUAUAUGUGCAUCUCUCUUUUACAAACAAGAAGAGAAAUGUUUUCGACCAAACCAAACACAGUCUAUUGUACAUGAUAUUUUACCAGAAUCAAUAUAACUCACUAUCUGAGCUGUAUCAGAGAGCUGUGAAUUAUGCUCUACAGAUUAAUGGACACCUGGAUCUUUUCCUGAGGUUUCUUCUGGGUCUCUCAGUGGAGUCCAAUCAGACUCUCUUAAGAAAACUACUGACACAGACAGGAAGCUGCUCCUACAACAAAGACGAAACAGUUCAGUUCAUUAAACAUAAAAUCUGUGAGAAUCACUCUUCAGAGAAAUCCAUCAAUCUGUUUCACUGUCUGAAUGAACUGGGUGAUGAUUCACUGAUGCAGGAGAUCCAGGGUUAUCUGAAAUCUGGAGGAAUAAGAGAAAUCAACCUAUCCUCUUCACAGUGGUCAGCUCUGGUUUAUGUGUUGCUGACAUCAGAGCAGAAGAUGGAUGUUUUUGAUCUAAAACAGUUUAUUGGAGAACAACAUACAGGAGAUGAAGUUCUUCAGUAUCUGUUACCUGUGGUUAAAGAAUCCAGAUCAGUUUGGCUAUGUGGAUGCAAUCUCACUGCUCAGUCUUGUGGACAUGUAUCUUCAGUUUUACAAUCCUCAAACUCAAACAUCCUGAGAGAGCUGGACCUGAGUAACAAUGACCUGCAGGAUUCAGGAGUGAAGCUGCUCUCUGAAGGACUGAAGAGUCCAAACUGUCAUCUGGAGAUUCUGAGGCUAUGUGGAUGCAAACUCACUGCUGAGUCUUGUAAAAGUUUAUCUUCAGUUUUACAAUCCUCAAACUCAAACAUCCUGAGAGAGCUGGACCUGAGUAACAAUGACCUGCAGGAUUCAGGAGUGAAGCUGCUCUCUCUGAAGGACUGAAGAGUCCAAACUGUCAUCUGG